UAAAAGAGUUAAAUAUUUGUACACCGUUUUAUUAGGAAAAUAAGCCAAAAAAAAAAAUAGCGGCAGCAGCUUAUUGGGUGUGUAGAGUGUAAUAGUGCCACUUACCUUGCAAAUACGGAAAACAACAACAAAAUAUAUUCAAUAUGUGGAUUCCAUCGAAUAAUAAAUAUGGCGUUGCUAUCCAUAACUGGCAUGGUGAUGUUCGCUACGGUAUACCACUUGAUGUUGGCGAUUCUGUUGAAAUUCUGGAAGAAUGUGGUAAAUGGUAUCGAGGUACAUCCCCACGUAGAUCGCGUGCAGUUGGGCUUUUUCCUAAAACUUACAUACACAUAAAAGAUCUUACAAAAAUCGAUCCUGUAGUAGCAGAAUGUACACAAGUGUUACGGGAAUGGUCUGAAAUAUGGAAAAAGUUGUAUGUGGAUCGAGAAGCAUACAAAUUUCAAACGCUGCGAAAAGUAAUGCUUUCUAUUCUGGAAAGUCGUAGAGAAUUACUGGGUGCAACAUUAACACAGGAUCAGACUUUAGAAUUGCAAAUGAUGGUUGUGUCAAAAAUUGAUUGGGGAAAUCGCAAACUUGGUCUUGAUCUUGUACCUCGUAUUGGGCCACUUGCGGUGGAUCCACACAAUAUUGGAAUUGUAGGACUAUAUAAUGUGCAUGUAACAAGUGCAGAUAACGCAAAAGCUUCUUCAAGUCGUGGUACCUUACGUCGAAAAACACAACGAAAAAUUUUGACACAUCAUUUAUACUUUUGUAUGCGAGAUUUUGGCUAUCGAAUCGGAAUCGAUGAUGCAGAAGUUUAUUUUUUUCUUUACGAUGGUAAUCCAGCGCAUAUGAGAGCAGUCUCAGAACGAUUUUUAGUUAAAAUAAAUAGAGAUGGCUUUUCGAAUUAUAUAGAAAAAUUUCAUAGCAACUGCACAGUGUUCACAGACCUAGGUGCAGCGGAUUUAAGUGAAGAUCUAUUUCUCGUGGCUGUUAUCAUGCGAGUGGGUAAAAUCAUACACUCUGAAUCAGUCAAAAAAGUAGAAAAAGGUACUGGCUGUUGUACUGGUUCAGUAUAUCGGCGUCCCUUUGGUGUUGGUGUACUUCCACUCAAUGACUUGUGUCAAUUUGACAGUAGCAUAGAGUCAGAAGAACGUGAAAAGAGUUUUAAGAUUUUUCAAUGUGAAGAAAAGGACUUCAAUCAACUACAUGAACUGAUAAUAAAAAAAUCAAAUAGCAAAUUUUCACCAAUCACUACAGGUAAUCAAACAACGCAGGGCAUUAUAGUUUCACUAAAGCUGCUGCAUGGCGGUUUGGGGCAGGCACGACAGGAACAGCCAUUACUAUUUCAAGGUACUACUAUAACUCGCAAAAUGGGCUUCCCGGAUGUUAUAAUGCCCGGCGAUGUACGUAAUGAUAUGUUCAUCACAUUGGAAAGGGGCGAAUUCGAACGUGGAGGAAAAAAUACUGCAAAAAAUAUUUUGGUCACUGUGGUUGUUUUGGAUGUUGCUGGCAAUAUCCUGACUGAAUGCUUAUGGGGUGCUUCUGGUAUGGACUCACAGAAUUGUUAUAAAUCCAUGAUAUUAUACCAUCAAAACUCACCAUGUUGGAAUGAGAUGUUGCGACUUACUGUACCUAUUGAUAAAUUUUCAACAGCACAUGUCCGCUUCGAAUUUCGUCAUUGUUCGACACGUGAAAAAUCUGAGCCCAAACUAUUUGCUUUUAGUUUCGCGCGUUUAAUGGAUCCUAGUGGUGCCACCUUAACGGAUGGUCAGCACGAAUUGUUUGUGUACAAAUGUGAGGAUGCUACAAAACUGUUGGCUGCUAAUUAUUUAAAGUUACCUUGUAGACCAAAAGAUGCACAAGCUAAAGUAGAUUGUAGUUCAAUUUUUCAUCGCAGCUCCAAGGAAGUUUUCGUCAUUAAAUCUCUAUUGUGCUCAACAAAAUUAACUCAGAAUGCGGACUUACUAUCUUUGUUGCAAUGGCGUGCACAUCCAGAAACAAUUCAAGACUCCCUCACUGGUGUCUUGCGUCUUAAUGAUGAAGAGUUGGUUAAAUUUUUACAAGAUGUCUUAGAUGCUUUAUUCGCAAUGUUUUCAAAUGAAGAAGGAAAUAGCACACAGCAUUCAGGAUUGGUGUUUCAUGUGUUGGUCAGCAUAUUCAGUUUACUACAAAGUAACAAAUUCCAACAUUUUCGUCCAGUUAUGAAUGCUUAUAUUGAAAAUCAUUUUGCUGCUGCAUUGGUCUACAAAGGCCUGAUAACUUCAGUUGAACACAUGGCUGUAUUUAUGACAAAAGCUGAACAUCCCGAUCCAUUCCAAAAGUGUUUUGGUUCUUUAGAAUAUAUUUUCAAAUUAUUAAUACAAUCACGUAAGUUAUUUGCGCGUGCUACCGGUGGACAAUAUGAAGAUUCAUUUCGCCGUGAUCUGCAUUCACUAUUCACUGCUCUAAAUGGUAUGUUAGCAGUGCCUUCAUACGAUGUUAUAAUACCAACGCAGGAAGCUUUAUUGAACUCAACCGGUGUGGUAUUGGAGCAAUUGAAAGACACUCUACCAGCGCCAGAAUUGGGUAUGCUAGCACGCAAUAUGUUAGAUGCCAUACCAAGAGAUGCACCCAUACGUUUAAUACAAGCCAAACUAAAUGCAGUAAAGGAUUUAGUAUCAGGAGAACUAUUUCAUGAAGAUGACUCUCGCACUGUAAUACUGUCUGUGGCCUGUAAACACUUACGUAUGCAUCUCAGUAGACGUGAUGAACUACGUUUAUGUGCUGAAAUUUUAUCAGAAAUAUUAACACAUUUUUAUGACCUGCAGAAGGAGCAGAAAGAAAAAGUCACGAAUACACUACAGCACGAUUUGGAUUCGCUUUGCAAAAAUAUACUUGGCAUUCUCAUUAAAACAAUUAUCAUCAUGAUGGAAGGCGCAAAUACUGUUUUACCACAACUAGUGGCUUGUUUACUUGGGUUAUUGCAACUGCUUGAUGAAACUCAUUAUAAGCGCUUUUGGGAUGAACUAAGUCCAAACAAAGAUCCACGUGAUUUAAAAGAAUUUCUAAGCAAAUCAUUGCUUGUGUUCGAAGAAUUACUUUCACAGGAUUGGGUUGUCUUCCCUACUGAUUGGCUUAUAAUGAAAUUGGCUAGUAACGAUGUGCUACGUAAAGCGCUUGAAGAAUUUGCUAAACCUUUAGUAUAUCGAUUUUUGGGUUCACAAUCUUUUGACUCACAGCUUUGGUGGUCUUACUUUAGUUUAGCUGUAGCUUUUCUAACUCAGCCUUCUCUGCAAUUGGAGCAAUACCGUGAACCAAAGCGACGUAAAAUAUUACAUUCACAUGGCGAUAUGCGUGUUCUUAUGGGCUUCCAAAUAUUAAGCAUGUGGUCGCAAUUAGGAGAGCAAAAAUUACAUUUUAUACCCUCAAUGGUAGGACCGUUCCUUGAAGUAACACUUGUACCGGAACCGGCGUUACGAAAAGCAACUUUGACAGUCUUUUAUGAUAUGAUGCAGUGCGAACAGAGUGCGCGAGGAUCUUUUCGUUUAGUGGAAAGUGAACUAAUUGAUAAAUUAGAUUUAUUGAUUAGUGAAAAUAAAGGCGAUGAUGAAUAUCGUGAACUCUUUAGCACUAUCCUCUUGGAGAAAGUACAAACUGAGAACCCUGGUUGGAAAGAUGCUGGCACAGCAUUUAUAGCAUCUGUUACAAGAUUAUUAGAACGAUUAUUAGAUUAUCGCAGCGUUAUGCAAGGUGAAGAAAAUCGUGAUAAACGCAUGUCAUGUACAGUAAAUCUCUUAAAUUUUUAUAAAAAUGAAAUAAAUCGCAAGGAGAUGUAUCUAAGAUAUAUAUACAAACUACAUGAUUUGCAUUUGCAAGCUGACAACUUCACAGAAGCUGGUUUCACCUUAAAAUUGUACGCAAGCAUGUUAAGUUGGGAUCGUGAGUCUCUAAGUUUUGCACCAAGUGAUACCAUAGGCCAACCAGAAUGGCAACGUAAAGAGCGUUUGUACCAUGAGAUAUUGAAAUACUUUGACAAAGGAAAAUGUUGGGAGAAGGGCAUUCCCCUUUGCAAGGAACUAGCUGUACUUUACGAAACACGCCGUUUCGAUUAUAAUAAAUUGAGUGAAAUUUUAAUUUUAGAAGCCAAAUUUUUCCAAAAUAUAUUAACACAAUUACGUCCUGAACCAGAAUAUUUUCGCGUGGGCUUUUAUGGUUUAGGAUUCCCACUUUUUGUGCGGAACAAACAGUUCGUUUAUCGUGGACUUGAAUAUGAACGCAUCGGUGCAUUUACACAACGUCUACAAACUGAGUUUCCUACCGCACAAAUUCUUAGUAAUAAUAAUCCACCUGAUAAUAGCAUUCUUACGGCAUCGGAGCAAUAUAUACAAAUUAGUAAUGUUCGUCCUCUAGGUGAUGCUCAAGCUUUGAAAACAGCUAUGGUACCAGUGCCUGAAAAAAUUGCUAGAUUUUAUGAUGUAAAUGAUGUCACCCGUUUUAUAUAUGAUCGUCCAAUUUACAAGGGACCAAUUGAUAAGGAUAAUGAAUUUAAGUCUCUUUGGGUUGAACGAACUACACUCGAUAUAGCAAGUCCCCUACCAGGUAUAUUGCGUUGGUUUGAAGUAAAACACAAAUCCGUGCAAGAGAUUACACCAGUAGAAUUCGCUUGCGAAACUAUGAAUAAUGUUGGCAAAGAACUUUGGGAUUUGAUUGUGCAAUAUCGUAAUGAUCCAAAACGAAAUAUAAAUCCAUUCUCUAUGCGUUUGCAAGGUAUUAUUGAUGCUAAUGUCAUGGGAGGUAUAAGUAAAUACCAAGAAGCAUUCUUUUCUGAACAAUUCAUAAAAUCACCGCAAGGACAGGGACAACAAACAAACGUGCAAAAAUUGAAAGCUCUCAUAUUGGAACAAAUACAAAUUUUAGAACAAGCCUUGGAAUUACAUGGGCAACUAGCACCUGCUGGUGUACAACCCUUGCAUAAUCGACUACUGGAACGUUUUUCACAAUUAAAACAAAGCCUUUCGGGUAUGGGUCGUUUAAAGCGACAACAUUCUGAAAGCAUUGUUAAUACACCUUUACCACCUCUGCCUACAGAAAAACGUACAUUAAGUUUGGGUAGUAAUGCGGCUCCACCAACGCAUGCAUUGGCACCACCAACAUCCUUUGCUAACUCUAACUAUUAUGGUGUUUAUGAGCAUGAUGAUAUUUAUACAAGACCUGGUGAUACAAGACCAGUAGAGAUCACUAACCUAAGUUUAAGUUCGUUAGCUCAUAACUCUUAUCAAACAUUAAGCAAAGAAAGUCUUAGUAUACCAGAAAUAACACGCGAUCAACAAGCACCACCACCAGUACCAAAUCGACCACGUUCACAAAAUUUUGUAAAUUCUGCUGUCGAUAGUCCAGAAGUGCCACCUAAAAAGAAUCUCAAUCAAUUAAACUCACCAAACGCACCACCAUUACCACCACGUGGCAUUACACCCGAUAAGCGUGCUUCAAAUCCUUUGGUAUUCAAUGAUUUUUCAAAUUCAGAUGGUACAAGUUCCAGCAUGCCACGAAGGCCACAUUCUUCACUGAACCAACAUCAACAACAACAACAACAAAAUUCACAAAAGUAUUCCGUGGUUGAUAUAAGUUUCGAUGAUCCAGAAGCAGAUCAACCACCACAUUCGCUUAAUCAUUUACACGAUCCUACACAUUUAAAUGUGGGCUAUACACCGAAUGAUUUUCGAGACUCUGGCAUAUCCACAACUAGCUCGCAUGAACUCAAUCAUCUUAAUAAUUUAAGCGAAGAAUCAUCAACGAACUCACUUAGUACUGUACACCAAAGAGAACACUGCCGACUAUCAUCAAAUGACAGUAUAAAUGGUGCUUUUACUAUUAAUACACAAUUGAAUAUAAAUCAUCGUGAAAAUUCUGCUAGUUCAUUUGAUAUAGAGGAUCUACCAAUGCCACCACCACCGCCAAUACCACCAAAAUCAUUAAAUAUAAUUACCGCAAACGAUUCAUCUUCAAUUGAAGAACAGCUUUCACCAAAAAUUACACAUAAUCAUUCCAUAUCUAAUCAUCAACAUAAUCAUCAUCAUCAUGUUCAUCAACAAAAUGGUAUUAAUGACGGUUAUGUUGCGCCAAAAAUAAAUACAAAUACAUCUACAGGCGAAAUUAGUGAUACAAAUGGAGAUGGUAACACUUUUUGAGUUGCAAUAUGUCGCUGCCAUCUACCACCGCCUACGACAACAACACACUCUCAAAGCAGCACCACAGAAACUUCAUCAACUACACCAUCGCCUCCUCCUCCACCACUAGCACCACUAAUAACCACAACAUCGUUACCACCCAUUAUACACACACAAAAUCAUAACCAUUACCAUCAACAUGAGCAUGAACAUCAACAUGAGCAUCAUUAUCAUCCCAGUGCACAUUAUUGUCAUGAAUGUCUUUCAUCACCAUCACCACCACCUACACAUGCAACAACAAUAACCGAACAGGUGCUCGUACAUCGUCUGCCAGUUUCAUCUUCAUUAUCAUCAUUAGCAACACCAACACAAACACCACCACCAACUACAUUAACACAGGCAAGAUCACUAUCACCAACCACUCAAGGCUUACCAUAUAUGGAGCACUGUUCAUGUGGCUUAACAUUUCCAGUUGAGCACAGAAUAAGCGAAUCGGCGACUACUUCAGCAGCUUCGACUUUACAGCGCGAACGAAAUUAUUAUUUCAAUGAUGAUCAAGAGAUUAACUAUUAUUCGGGAAAUAAUACGUUUCAUGUGCAUAAUCACAGUCACAAUCACAGGUUUAAUACCGCCCUAUACAAUACUCAUAUUAAUUCACUUUCCCAACACAGUCAUACACACACUUGUCAGCACGCAAGUCAUGUACAUGCACAGACCGAUUUUUCGUACCCCAAUCCACGAUGACCAGUCACACUUCCGAAUAGAAAUUAUCCCUAGUUUUCUGAGCAUUGAAUCCCAUUGAGGAGAUAUCUAAAUCAAGAAAAAUGAAGAAAAAUCUACAUUAUACCGGUAUCUAUCAGAUAUCUGCUGCUCUCGUACUGUAAGGGUCGUUUAAUUAAUUAUUACUGUCGACUGUAGUCACAUCGAAAUGGAUCGAAAUGAGAAAUAUUGUUAUAAUUUUAACACAAAUUUAAAUUUCAAUAGCACAAAUCACUUUUUGAUGACCUCAGAGCUUGCACCUUUUUGAAAACAAAUACUAAGCUAAAGGAUAUUGAAUUAUUUCAAUGCAAAAAUAUUGCAAUCAAAUAUUCAACUAAUGUAAUGUUAA